AUGCGAGAGAUGGAUAUCCCACCGCACAUCAUUCGAUGGUCUGCAUCUUUCCUGAAAGGACUCCAAGCCAAAGUGCGCGUAAACAGUAAAUCCUCUCCUUUAAUGCUUUUCCACCGUGGCGUGCCACAAGGAACAGUCCUCGGCCCACUUAUGUUCAUUAUCGUCAUGAACACCCUAAGCAAACGAUUAUCCCAAGUUCCCUUAUUGUUCCAUGGUUUUUUCGCCGAUGAUCUCACGCUAGCAGUACGACACGUCAACCGAGACAUCAUCAACAGUACACUGCAACAAGGACUAAACGUGGUGGAUGAAUGGUCCAAGAACUAUUUUAUGGACAUUAAUGUGGACAAAACGAAAUACACACUUUUUGGUACCACCAACCCGCAUCCCCUUUCACUGAAACUACGCGGUAUCCCCGUAGGCCCGGAGAAGGCACCUAAACUCUUGGGCAUCACAUUCCAAAACUACCGAGGCAUGUCUACCCAUGUGGUUCAAACGAGACAACACAUGAAUUUUAGAUUACUACAACUUGCAGCAAUCUCCUCCACCACAUGGGGACCGAAGCGUGACGUCCUCCGAGCCUUCUACCUGACGCUAGUUCAAGCCCAGACGCUCUACGGCUUUGAGAUCUGGUAU